CGGCUUCCCGGCGGGCUGCGCGGCGACCGGCGGUUGUCGGCGGGGCAGUCCGGCGGGCAGCGGUGGCGGCUCCGACUGCGGCACAGGCGGCGGGCGAGCGGACGGACUGGGUCAAGUGGGCCAGGCGGGAUGCCGGGCCGCCGCCGCGUCUUGAGAGUCUGAGCGCCGGCCGGGCCGCGCCCCCCACCCAGGCCGCCGCGGUCCGAGCGUUCCGAGCGCGGGCCCGGCCCAGCGCGCCGCCUCCACCGCCACCCCGGGCCGCCCCCUGCCUCUCCCCCGGUCCGGCGCUCAUGCGGGCCGAGCCCCGCCCCCCGCCCGCCGCCGGAUCCCGCGCCCGCCCGCACCAUGCUCAAGUGCAUCCCGCUCUGGCGCUGCAACCGGCACGUGGAGUCGGUGGACAAGCGGCACUGCUCGCUGCAGGCCGUGCCCGAGGAGAUCUAUCGGUACAGCCGCAGCCUGGAGGAGCUGCUCCUCGACGCCAACCAGCUGCGCGAGCUCCCCAAGCCCUUCUUUAGGCUACUGAACCUGCGCAAGCUGGGCCUGAGUGACAACGAGAUCCAGCGGUUGCCUCCGGAGGUGGCCAACUUCAUGCAGCUGGUGGAGCUGGAUGUGUCCCGGAACGACAUCCCUGAGAUCCCCGAGAGCAUCAAGUUCUGCAAAGCUCUGGAGAUUGCUGACUUCAGUGGGAACCCCUUGUCCAGGCUCCCCGAAGGCUUCACUCAGCUACGCAGUCUGGCUCACCUGGCGCUGAAUGACGUGUCCCUGCAGGCGCUGCCUGGGGACGUGGGCAACCUCGCCAACCUGGUGACCCUGGAGCUCCGGGAGAAUCUGCUCAAGUCCCUGCCUGCGUCCCUGUCUUUCCUGGUCAAGCUGGAACAGCUGGAUUUGGGAGGCAAUGAUCUGGAAGUGCUGCCUGAUACCCUGGGGGCCCUGCCCAACCUGCGGGAGCUGUGGCUGGACCGGAACCAGCUAUCAGCCCUGCCCCCGGAGCUUGGGAAUCUGCGGCGCCUGGUGUGCCUGGAUGUGUCUGAGAACCGGCUGGAGGAGCUGCCCGCGGAGCUUGGGGGACUGGUGCUGCUCACUGACCUGCUGCUCUCACAGAACCUGCUGCAGCGGCUUCCAGACGGCAUUGGUCAGCUGAAGCAGUUGUCCAUCUUGAAGGUGGACCAGAAUCGCCUGUGCGAGGUGACAGAAGCCAUCGGGGACUGUGAGAACCUGUCGGAGCUGAUCCUCACUGAGAACCUGCUGACGGCCCUGCCCCACUCCUUGGGGAAACUGACCAAGCUGACCAACCUCAACGUGGACCGGAACCACCUAGAGGCACUGCCGCCUGAGAUUGGGGGCUGCGUGGCACUCAGCGUCCUCUCUUUGAGGGACAACCGCCUGGCCGUCCUGCCGCCAGAGCUCGCCCACACGGCUGAGCUACACGUGCUGGAUGUGGCUGGCAACCGCCUGCAGAGUCUGCCGUUUGCACUCACGCACCUCAACCUGAAGGCCUUGUGGCUAGCGGAGAACCAGGCGCAGCCCAUGCUUCGGUUCCAGACCGAGGAUGAUGCCCAAACGGGCGAGAAGGUGCUCACCUGCUACCUGCUGCCACAGCAGCCCCUGCCCAGCCUUGAGGACCCUGAGCUGCAGAGCAGCCCUUCAGAAAGCUGGGGAGACGCCCCGCUCAGCCGUGUCAGUGUCAUCCAGUUUCUGGAGGCCCCCGCGGGCGACGACGACCCAGAGGAAGCCGCUGCCGAGAAACGGGGCCUGCAGCGUCGGGCUACGCCACACCCCAGCGAGCUCAAGGUGAUGAAGAGGGGUGUGGAGCGCCGGAGUGAAGCCACCUCCUGCAGGCCUGACCCUGCGCCACCCUCGCCCUCCGAGGAGGAGAAGAGGCUGAGCACUGAGUCUGGCCUAAGUGCAGACUCGCGCCUAUCUGCCGGCACAGCCUCCCAGGGCGAGCCUGAGGGCCCGCUGGCCGAGGAGGAGGGGCUGAGCCAGCAGGAACCCGUGCCAGCCACCCAGGAAGAGGUCAUGGAGGAGACCUACGAGGAGCCCACUGUGCGCUUCGCGGAGGACACGCUGCUCCUGCCCAGGGAGGACGGCGAGAGCGAGGAGGGCCAGCCAGAGGCGCCCUGGCCCCUGCCGGGGGGCAGACAAAGGCUCAUCCGCAAGGACACACCCCACUACAAGAAGCACUUCAAGAUCUCCAAGCUGCCCCAGCCCGAGGCCGUGGUGGCCCUCCUGCAGGGGACACCGCCAGACAGUGAGGGCCCAAUGGGGACUGGGGGCUGGCACAAUGGCCCCCACAUGUCCUGGGCUCCGCGAGCAGAGGAGGAGGAGGAAGACGAGGCUGAGGAGGAAGAGGAGGGGGAGGCGGCAGUAGCAGCAGAGGAGGAGAAGGCGGUGGCCUCUGCGCCCUCUGUCAAGGGGGUGUCGUUUGACCAGGCCAAUAACCUGCUGAUAGAGCCCGCUCGCAUUGAGGAGGAAGAGCUGACGCUCACCAUCGUGCGGCAGACAGGGGGCCUGGGCAUCAGCAUUGCGGGUGGCAAGGGAUCCACGCCCUACAAGGGAGACGACGAGGGCAUUUUCAUCUCCCGGGUGUCUGAGGAGGGCCCUGCGGCUCGGGCUGGGGUCCGAGUAGGCGACAAGCUCCUCGAGGUGAACGGCGUGGCCCUGCAGGACGCGGAGCACCAGCAGGCCGUGGAGGCACUGCGCGGGGCGGGUGCCACCGUGCACAUGCGGCUGUGGCGGGAGCGCAUGGUGGAGCCUGAGAAUGCAGUCACCGUGACAGCCCUGCGGCCCGAGGAUGACUACAGCCCGAGGGAGCGGCGAGGGGGCGGCCUGCGCCUGCCCCUGCUCCCGCCCGAGCCGCCCGGGCCGCCCCGCCAGCGCCACGUGGCCUGUCUUGUGCGCAGCGAGAAGGGGCUGGGUUUCAGCAUCGCAGGCGGGAAAGGCUCCACGCCCUACCGGGCCGGUGACGGGGGCAUCUUCAUCUCCCGCAUCGUUGAGGGGGGUGCUGCCCACCGGGCAGGCACCCUGCAGGUCGGCGACCGCGUCCUUUCCAUCAAUGGGGUGGACAUGACCGAGGCCAGACACGACCAUGCUGUCUCCCUGCUGACUGCCGCGUCGCCCACCAUCGCCCUGCUGCUAGAGCGGGAGGCUGGGGGGCCCCUCGCCCCCAGCCCUCCCCCUCACUCCCCCCCGCCCCCCACUGCUGCCCCUGCUGCCCCAGGGGAGCCUGGGCCUCUGAGGCUGCCCCCUAGUCUGCUCGCUGCUGCCCUGGAGGGGCCGUACCCAGUGGAGGAGAUCUGUCUGCCCAGAGCGGGGGGCCCCUUGGGGCUCAGCAUCGUUGGGGGCUCCGACCACUCCAGCCACCCAUUCGGUGUCCAGGAGCCCGGCGUGUUCAUUUCCAAGGUGCUCCCACGGGGCCUGGCUGCACGCAGUGGCCUGCGGGUCGGGGACCGCAUCCUGGCAGUGAACGGGCAGGACGUGCGGGAGGCCACACACCAGGAAGCGGUCAGCGCCCUGCUCCGGCCCUGCCUAGAGCUGGUGCUGGUUGUGCGGAGGGACCCGCCGCCCCCGGGCAUGCGGGAGCUCUGCAUCCAGAAGGCCCCCGGGGAGAGGCUGGGCAUCAGCAUACGUGGGGGCGCCAAGGGCCACGCCGGGAACCCCUGUGACCCCACCGAUGAGGGCAUCUUCAUCUCCAAGGUGAGCCCCACGGGAGCAGCUGGGCGAGAUGGCCGUCUGCGGGUGGGACUGCGGCUGCUGGAGGUGAACCAGCAGAGCCUGCUGGGUCUGACGCAUGGAGAGGCUGUGCAGCUGCUGCGCAGUGUGGGCGACACCCUGACUGUACUGGUCUGCGACGGUUUCGACACCAGCGCUGCCACCCCCGAGGAACCUGUUGUUUCUGGUGAGGAACCUUGCUCAGACUUUCCAGAGAGGGCUGUGUCUUCUGCUUUCUCAUUUAAAGUGUCCCCAGGCAUCAUCGCCAACCCCUUCGCGGCAGGCCUUGGCCGCCGGAACAGCCUGGAAAGCAUCUCCUCCAUCGACCGGGAGCUGAGCCCCGAGGGCCCCGGCAAGGAGAAGGAGCUGCCCGGACAGAUCCCACUAUGGGGCCCAGAGGCCAUGGGUCGGAGCCCAGAGAGCCUGAAGCCAGCCUGCCGAGCCCUGGCCGCCACCCCUGGCGCCGGCAGCGUGCAGAGGGUGCUGCCUGUGGCAAGUGGAGAGAUGGCUGAGGCCCCCUGCUCCCCUAGCCACCAGCAGACAAAGCCUGGGGUGAUCCAGCCACUGGUUCAGGCCUGGCCAAGGGGCUCCCCGGUCCCCAGGGGCAGAGGUGGUCCCCAGCCCCCCCCCUCCCCGCCCUCCCCUGCCGAGCUGCCAGCUAACGUGAAGCAGGCCUAUAGGACGUUCGCGGCUGUGCCCGGCCUGCACCCGCCCCUGGACACCCCUGCCCAGCACCCCAUGCUCGGGCCCACGGCCUCGCCGGAGCAGCUGUCCUUCCGCGAGCGGCAGAAGUACUUUGAACUGGAGGUUCGGGUGCCCCAGGCCGAGGGCCCCCCUAAGCGCGUGUCGCUGGUGGGCGCUGACGACCUGCGGAAGAUGCAGGAGGAGGAGGCCCGCAAGCUGCAGCAGAAGAGGGCGCAGAUGCUGCGCGAGGCGGCGGCCGACACGGGGCUCCCGGAAGCCGAUGCUCCUGAGGACGAGGAGCCCGAGGAGGAACCACCCUGGGUCGGCCAGGGCCCCAUGGCAGAAGGGCUUGGUCCCGCGUCUCCUCCGCCGCAGGGAGGUGGUGCCCCAGUGCGGACUGCCAAGGCCGAGAGGCGCCACCAGGAGCGGCUUCGCGUGCAGAGCCCCGAGCUGCCGGCCCCAGCCCCAGAGCGGGCCUUGUCCCCCGCGGAGCGCCGAGCCCUGGAGGCCGAGAAGCGGGCGCUCUGGAGGGCGGCCAGGAUGAAGUCCCUGGAGCAGGACGCCCUCCGCGCACAGAUGGUCCUCAGCAAGUCCCAGGAGGGCCGAAGCAAGCGGGGACCCCUGGAGCGCCUGGCCGAGGCCCCCUCGCCAGCGCCUACUCCAUCACCCACCCCCUUGGAAGACCUCGGCCCCCAGACCGGCACCUCCCCGGGACGCUUGGCCUUGUCUGGGAGGAAGUUUGACUACAGGGUGUUUGCCGCCCUCCCCUCUUCCAGACCUGUCUAUGACAUGCAGUCCCCAGAUUUCGCUGAGGAGCUAAGGUCCUUGGAACCACCUCCGAGCCCAGGUCUGCCAGAGGAGGACGGAGAGGUGGCCAUGGUGCUUCUGGGCAGGCCCUCUCCAGGCUCCACGGGUCCCGAGGAGGUGGCCUUGUGCAGCAGCCGCCGGGCCAUGCGGCCAGGGCGCCGAGGCCUGGGCCCAGUGCCCUCUUAGAGGAGCGGGGUGCCUCCCCCGACUUGGGGUGGGGGCCCUGCCAGCGCCAACACCACCCUUGCCCCGAGUCUUUUAACCCGGCCGGUAGCAUUUUAAAGAGGUCCCCUGAGGAGUUCUGGCCACUGACUAACCGCCCCCUCCCCAGCCGGGACCUCCUGGCGAGACUGUAACUAGUGAUGUUUGUACAACCAAAGACUCUAUUUUGUGGUUUAAGAAGAAUAAAAUUGACUACGUUUUA